AUAAACAAUAAACAAUUACUAUUUUUCAUUCCACAAAAAUAUAAAAUGUUAGCAAAAUUUUGAAUUCAAACCAAAAAACGCCGUUGUAAAUUAAUGUCGUAGGGGAAAUGAAUUUGUAGAAAUAUAGAACACAAACACAGUUUCAAAAUUCAAACGAUAGUUAAUCCCUCUUCUCAUGAGUUCCAAAGAAAGUUGCAGAAGCGAACUUCGCAUCGCAAUUCGUCAACUCAGCGAUCGAUGUCUCUAUUCUUCUUACAAAUGGGCGGCGGAGCAAUUGAUCGGAAUCGAGCAAGAUCCGUCGAAGUUUACUCCGUCGAACACGAGGUUUCAGCGUGGAAGUUCAAGUAUUCGACGGAAGUACCGAACGCAUGACAUUACGGCGACUCCAAUUGCCGGUGUUUCGUAUGUUGCUACUCCUGUUAUGGAAGAGGAUGAACUUGUUGAUGGUGAUUUUUACCUUUUGGCUAAGUCUUAUUUCGAUUGCCGUGAGUAUAAGAGAGCUGCUCAUGUUCUUCGUGAUCAAAUCGGUCGGAAAUCGCUUUUCUUGAGAUUUUAUGCUCUCUAUCUGGCGGGAGAAAAGCGUAAAGAGGAAGAGAUGAUAGAACUUGACGGACCUCUGGGUAAGAGUGAUGCUGUGAAUCAGGAAUUGGUUUCUUUAGAGAGGGAGCUGUCUACACUUCGCAAGAAUGGCACAGUUGAUCCCUUUUGUUUGUACUUAUAUGGUCUGAUACUGAAACAAAAAGGCAAUGAAACUUUGGCACGUACGGUACUUGUGGAAUCUGUAAAUAGCUACCCUUGGAACUGGAAUGCCUGGACUGAGCUGCAAUCCUUAUGCACUACAGUUGAUAUAUUGAAUAGUCUUAAUCUCAAUAGUCAUUGGAUGAAGGACUUUUUUCUUGCCAGUGUCUAUCAAGAAUUAAGGAUGCAUAAUGAGUCUCUGUCAAAAUAUGAAUAUCUACUUGGAACUUUUGGUUUUAGCAAUUACAUUCAAGCUCAAAUUGCUAAAGCUCAGUACAGUUUGAGAGAAUUUGAUCAAGUUGAAGCAAUAUUUGAAGAACUGCUGAGGACUGAUCCUUACAGAGUGGAAGACAUGGAUAUGUACUCUAAUGUGCUAUAUGCUAAAGAAUGCUUUUCUGCUUUGAGUCACCUUGCUCAUAGAGUAUUCAUGACUGAUAAAUACAGACCCGAAUCCUGUUGUAUUAUUGGGAAUUAUUACAGUUUAAAGGGGCAACAUGAAAAAGCAGUUGUAUAUUUUAGGAGAGCCCUUAAACUGAACAGAAAUUACCUCUCUGCUUGGACACUUAUGGGUCAUGAGUUUGUAGAGAUGAAAAGCACUCCUGCUGCUGUGGAUGCCUAUCGUCGGGCUGUUGCUGUAGAUCCGCGUGAUUAUCGUGCUUGGUAUGGACUAGGACAAGCUUAUGAGAUGAUGGGUAUGCCUUUCUAUGCGCUUCACUACUUCAAAGAAGCUGUAUUCUUGCAGGCAAAAGAUUCCCGGUUGUGGAUUGCUAUGGCUCAAUGCUAUGAAACUGACCAGCUCCGCAUGCUUGAUGAGGCAAUUAAGUGUUACAAAAGAGCAGCAAAUUGUAAUGACAAUGAAGCAAUUGCUCUGAAUCAACUAGCAAAGCUUCAUUCAGAGCUGGGACGCCCCGAUGAGGCUGCUUUUUACUACAAAAAAGAUUUAGAGAGGAUGGAAUCUGAAGAGAGGGACGGACCUAACAUGGUUGAAGCUUUGUCCUAUCUUGCAAAGUAUUACAAAUCGACAAAAAAAUUUGAAGAAGCAGAGGUUUAUUGUACUCGUCUCCUUGAUUAUGGUGGCCCGGAGAGGGAGAAAGCCAAAAGUUUACUUAGAGGGAUGCGAUCGACAAAAUCUAGUUUCCCUCCAUCAGAUGGUGAUCAUUUUCCUCCCUAAUUUCUCUUGAUGAAGCACUGGUUUAAUGUGCUGCAUUUUCCAAUUUUGGUUGCAAUGUAUUAUCAUACUUUGUACCAAAAAAACGGGCUAAAUGAAAACAAGAAAAUGCACUAGCAUGCUGCUGUAAUCUAGUAGAGAGGCGUCAUAGCACAUUUUAAGUCCAAAGUGGCGAUCUGGUUUACAAAACUACGCGUCUGAAUGAACCCAGAAAAACAUUUCUUCUUUUCUAUGAUUUGGUAAAGAAAUUAGGGUCCCAUGUUUUUCAUUUAAUUUUAGUUGUAGAAUAAGCACACAGAAAACAAGGGAAACUAUCUCAUUUGCAAACUACUUCCUAUAAGGGAAAUGCAUUCAAUUUUUUUUGUUGGUCAAGUAGACUAAUGACUAGAAUUUAA